UUACGUAUCUCGUUACGAUUAUUUGGAGUAUUCAUCGUAGCGCUUUGACAACUCUGUUUUGCGAUCGACACAGGAAAAUCAAAGUGCGUCAUUUUAUCAGGAAUCCCGAAUUUCCGUUGAAAUGUAGUUAAUGGGUCAAAUUAAAAAUCGAUUGUUUGUGCUUUUGCUGGUUUUGGUGACAUAAUUUUGAUUUCGAAAUACUUGCGAAUGGAAAUGUCGGACUCUUCGCCAUUAUCAAAGUCUGGAACUUCGUCUGCUUGCUGGUCGCCAGGAUCUUCCUGGUCUCCAUCUACGUCCUUGGCAUCGUGCUCGCCCAUGCAGAAUGUUAUCACUGCAGAAGAACUUCUUGAAAAGGCGUCCGCUCUUCCAGCUAUUUUGGAGAAUGGACGCAAAGUAUUUGGGCCGCCAUUAGAUUAUGCUGGUCUACGUCCUUCCUACAUAUGUGAGCUGUAUGUUGCGAAUUUGCCCAAGUCACUAGAUGAAGUGCACUUUCUAGCCUGGCUGUAUCGUUGCGGGGAAGUAUAUGAAAUGCGAUUGAUGAUGGAGUCGUUUAGUUUGUCGCGUGGCUAUGCAUUUGUACGCUAUACCCAGGAGAUUGAAGCCCUGGCCGCAUACGAAUUAUUGAAAUUUGUAUUCGUUGACGGUGAACGACUGAGCGUCUACCGCUCACAAGGUAAAAAUCGUCUUUAUGUGAGUAACAUUCCUAAGCAGCUGCCAUUGUCAUCCUUGGAAGCUGGCUUCAAGAACGCUUUUCACGACAUGGAACGCUGCACGGCACAUGCGUCAUCCGCCACAGAUUCAAUAAGGGGCGAUCUGAAUCGUGGAUUUGCUUUUAUCGAAUUUUACGAUCAUGAAACAGCGUUACAGGCGAAAAAACGUACAACGCCAGGACGCAUGCGCAUGUGGGGUAAUGAUUUGAAGGUACAGUGGGCGAAGCCCAAGUCACUUCAGUUUAAUAGCAGCUCUAAUGAAAUUACGAAACCGCGUUCCUUGGGGCACCGAGCGAGUUUACCGAAUGACUACAAUGCCAAAUUGCGCCUGUACUGCUUGGCUAAUAAUUGGUGCAUUCCGGUGGUGGUUUAUGGUCGCUGCUUUCGUGAAAGAGGCAUUCAGUAUGGGGGCGUCCUUUUGAAAGACUCAACAAGCGGGGAGCUCAGUUGCAUGGUAAUGGAGUUGGCAGUAGAUCACGAGAUUCAAGAUGUGCACAUUGCAAUGUGCGAAAUUGCAACGCUAUUGAUUGAAGAAAAUUUUGGCUUUCCUAAAAACCACUAUAUUGUUCGCUUGCUGAACGGAUUUCGAGCCGAAAUUUUGUAUAGUUGCUGCAACAACUUGGAUAUUUUGGCUGAAUUGCGUCACUCUGAGAAUUACUUUGUAAGUUCAAUUUCGGUUGUAGAGUUAACCAAAGCAUUGCAGUUGUUGUCUCAGUACUCAACAGAAUUUAUUUUGAACCUUUAUAAAAGAAGUUUCCUUGUCUUACGAAACUGUAUAUCGCUAAGACAACACGAUUACGUGGCACAGUUUUACAGCAUUUUCCCAAAGUUUCGUAACAAUCAGCCACUUAACCUUGGUUUCAAUGAUACCGAAAUUACGCUCGUUGUAUGUGAAAUUAAAGUUGAAAAAGAUUAUUUUUCAUGCCUUUCCGAUGAUAUAGGCCCGCGAAAGUGUAGUAGCGGCGAGAAACGACGUUGCUUACAACUAAAAUCGCAACGUAUACGGAAUUAUGAUGGGUACAUUUUGCGUUACAUAGAUGUGGAUCAACUAGAAAAUCGUAAAUUUUAUCAUCCGGCUCAAUUAAUAAAUGCGCCACCGAUUUGGAUUACAGGCCAUUCGUAUCAAAAAUCUAUUUACAAAUAGGUAUACUAACAGCGUUUUUUUUUUCGAUAAAUGCCUUUUCAACUUCCAAUUAUUAUAUUGUAUUUGUUUGUCUUAAAAGUGAAGUUAAUUUUGUUUGUUAAAGCGCGUGCAACAUUUAUUUAUCAUGUAAACUUUUUAUAACAUUUUUUUACUUGACUGCUAUGAUUAUGUUUUAUGAUACCCAAAUGCAUUGAAAUGCAGCUUCUAAUUAUGUUUGAAUGUCAUAAUUAUGAAAAUUUAAGCUUUAUAAAGUUCUCAUGAAUUGUAAGCGCCAAAAGUUUGAA